AUGCAGGAUAACGUGGCAGCAGAGAAGCAUUGGGAAAAAAUCUCCAAUGGUCUAUCUGGACUGCAAGAAUUGCACCAGUGCUUGGAUGAGCUCCUUAAUUUGUACUCCACCCAACAAGCCCUCUCCCACCAUCAAAAUAAGAAAUGGGUCGAUGAAUUGUUGGAUGGAUCUGUAAAGCUUUUAGAUAUUUGUGGCGCAACAAGGGAUGUAAUAUCACAAGUUAAGGAAAAUGUUGGAGAUCUUCAAUCAGCUCUCAGGAGGAGAAAAGGAGAUGUGUGCAUUGAAAGCAGCAUCAACAAUUACAUUUAUUGGAGAAAGAAGAUGAACAAGGAUGCCAAAAGGUUGCUAGCAGCAAUGAAGAAGAUGGAUAACAAGGGUGGGGCCUCUCCACUCUUAGAUCAAGAUCACCAUCUCUCCACAAUGAUGAGAGAGCUCAGGGAAGUUAAUAUAAUGAGCAUUUCCAUCUUCCAGUCACUUGUCUUGUUGUUGUCCACACCAGUGUUGAUGCCAAAACUAAGUAGGUGGCCACUGGUUUCCAAAUUUAUGCAGAAGGGGGCAGUCUCUUGCGAAGAAAAUGCUGAGAACAUGAAGGAGUUGGAGAGCGUGGAAUUCUCACUAGGUGCCAUUUCAAGUGAAGAAGCCAAGUUGGAGACGAUGGAAAUUGCACGCAAAAGACUGGAGGGUUUGGAGGUGAGCAUUGAAGGCCUUGACAAAGGGUUUGGAGUGCAUGUAUAGGCGAUUGGUGAAAACAAAAGCCUCUCUCCUCAACAUCAUCUCCCACUAGGGCCAUGCUAAUUAAUUACUAGUCUCCUUCACAGGCAUCCGACUUUUAGAGGAUCUGCAAAAGGAUUUUUGUUAUUUCCUAUGGGAUCAAGCAAUGUAUAUGAAUCAAAGAUCAUAGUUACACAAUGAAAUACAAUAUGAAUCUCAACAA